CUAAAAGAUUUCAUAAUUCUUUGUUAGAACUAAUGGAUAGAAGGCUGUGGGAAGCUGCUCAAAAAGGAGAUGUUCAUCACUUGCAAAGCUUGAUCAAAGAAGUCCCUUUUCUGCUCAGCACAGUUUCAUUAGCAGGUAGUAAUGAAACUCCUCUGCAUAUUGCUUGUUCGGGUGUCCAUCUUGAGUUUGCUAAGGAGAUCAUUCAUUUGAGGCCAGAAUUUGCAAGAAAACUAAACCAGGAUGGUUUCAGCCCUUUGCAUAUUGCCUCAGCAAAUGGGGAUAUAGAGAUUGUGAAGGAGCUCUUGAACGUUGACCGUAAUCUAUGCCUUAUCAAGGGGAAGGACAGAAGGAUUCCCCUUCACUAUGCAGUAAUCAACGGCAGAGAAAAUGUCAUGAAGGAGCUUCUUGUUUCUCCAGACUCAGCAGAAGAAGUGACUGCUCGUGGUGAGACUUGCCUUCAUUUAGCUGUCAAGAAUCAUCAGUUUGAAGCAUUCAAGUUAUUACUUGACAACCUCAAGUAUGAUCUUUUAAACAAGAAGGAUAUCCAAGGAAACACUGUUUUGCAUCUUGCUGUCUCAACUAAGCAAUACGAGGUUGUUGAUAUGUUGCUGGAUGAGAAUGUUGUAUCUAAGGGCACAAUUGAGGUGAAUUCUUUGAACAAGAAAGGUCUUGCACCUUUGGAGGUACUAUUAGAGGAAUCUGGAGAUGGAGAUAUUGAGGAAAUUCUAAGAGCAUCUGGUGCUUUAUCUGCUGAAAACUUGCAAGUUUUGGUUGUUCCAGUUCAAGAUCAACAAUCCAGCAGGGAACAAACAAGGGACGAUGGGCCUCGAUCUAAUGUUAAGAAGCUUCAGGAUUUCUUCAAGUACAAUAAGACCAAAGAUCCUCCAGGAAAAAUAAGAGACACUAUUCUUGUGAUAGCCAUUCUAAUUGCAACAGCAACUUAUCAAGCAGGUGUCAAUCCACCAGGAGGCUUAUGGCAGGACACUUGCUCGCCUGACGACAAUAACAACUGUACUAGUCGUGAUGGCAUACUGCGGCAUUUCGCAGGAGAGUCAGUGAUCGCUACCAUCAAUCCUGUUUACUAUGGCAUGUUCUUGGUUUUCAACUCCCUCGGAUUUACUGUAUCCAUCUACAUGAUAAGUUUCCUUACAGGAGGAUUUCCUAUGGAAUUUGAACUGCUAAUCUCACUUAUUGCCUUGGCGGUAACCUAUUUUAUUGUUGUAGUUUCCAUACUACCUUACUGGGGACUUACUGUCUUCUUUCUUUUCCUUUUCCCAGUCCUUCUAGUACUGAUUCCCGUCACUUUAGUGAUGUUGAGAAACUAUUGCAAGAAACCUAGAUUCUUAUCACAAUUUGUUGUUGGAAAAAUGACAAAUUCAAGUCAAGUAAAUGUUGGAACAGUGAGUGAUGCAACAACAUUGGUUGCACACAAUCGUUCAAAUGCUUCCCUUGCACCGGCUGAGAAACCUGCAAAGCUUUUUGGAGUCGACGUCAAGAGAUGUAGUGUCAAGACCUCAAAAGAACUCUGGGAUGCUUUAGAAAAGAAGUACAAAACAGAGGAUGCCGAAAUGAAGAAGUUCAUUGUGGCAAAAUUUUUGGACUGUAAGAUGAUAGACAGAUUGAUUGCGAAUGAUGUUUUUCAAGUGGCGGCCAUUAUUGAGAAGUUACCUCCAUUGUGGAAGGAUUUCAAAAACUACUUGAAACAUAAACGCAAGGAGAUGACUGUUGAAGAUCUCAUGGUAAGGUUGAGAAUUGAAGAGGAUAACAAGGCCGCAGAAAAGAGGUCACGUGGUAAUUCAGCAAUGGCUACUGAAUAUUGGGGUCCCAAGAAGGACAAGAAGAAGGAUCAAUCAAAUUUGGCUGAAUCUAAAGAAGAGAUGGACGAUCUCUGUGCAAUGCUUUUAGAAUGCAACUUGGUUGGAAAUCCAAGAGAAUGGUGGAUAGAUUAUGGUGCCUCAUGCUAUGUUUGUGCCAACAAAGAAUUAUUUACAUCAUAUACUCCAGCACCCGUAUACGAGAAGUUAUUUAUGGCGAACUCCGCUACUACAAAGGUUGAAGGAACUAGCAAGGUCCACUUAAAGAUGACAUCGGGCAAGGUGGUGACUUUGAACAAGGUCUUAAGGCUGAGGGAGGCUGCUCAAAAAGGAGAUGUUCAUCACUUGCAAAGCUUGAUCAAAGAAGUCCCUUUUCUGCUCAGCACAGUUUCAUUAGCAGGUAGUAAUGAAACUCCUCUGCAUAUUGCUUGUUUGAGUGUCCAUCUUGAGUUUGCUAGGGAGAUCAUUCAUUUGAGGCCCGAAUUUGCAAGAGAACUAAACCAGGAUGGUUUCAGCCCUUUGCAUAUUGCCUCAGCAAAUGGAGAUAUAGAGAUUGUGAAGGAGCUAUUGAACGUUGACCGUAAUCUAUGCCUUCUCAAGGGGAAGGACAUAAGAAUUCCCCUUCACUAUGCAGUAAUCAAAGGCAGAAAACAUGUUAUAAAGGAGCUUCUUGUGGCUUCUCUAGACUCUACAGCAGAAAUGACUGCUCGUGGCGAGACUUGUCUUCAUUUAGCUGUCAAGAAUCAUCAGUUUGAAGCUUUCAAAUUACUACUUGAGAAUCUCAAAGAAUUCACAAGUAUGAUGAGAGAAAUGAUCGUCCAGGUUGUUGAUCUAUUGCUCGACGAAAAUUUUGUUGCUAAAGGCACUAUUGAGGUGAAUUCUUUGAACAAAGGAGGCCUUACAUUUUUGGAAGUACUACUUAAGGAAUCCGGAGAUAGAGAUAUUGAGGAAAUUCUAACAACAUCUGGUGCUGUAUCUGCUGAACACUUGCAAACUUCGCAACAAGAAGGUUUUCCACAAUCUUGGGUUGUUCCAGUUCAAGAUCCAUCAAAUGAACAAUCCAGAAGAGAACAAACAAGGGACGAUGGGCCUCGAUCUAAUUCUAAGAAGCUUCAGGAUUUCUUCAAGUACAAUAAAACCAAAGAUUGUCCAGGAAAAGUAGGAGACACCCUUCUUGUAAUAGCUAUUUUAAUUGCAACAGCAACUUAUCAAACAGUACUUAGUCCACCAGGAGGUGAAUGGCAGGACACUUACUGGCCUGAUUACAAUAACAGCAGCAGUAGUGAUGGCAUAAUGUCCUUGCGACGAAUUGCAGGACAAUCAGUGAUGGGAACCAACAAUCCAAUUUCCUAUGGCUUGUUCUUGGUUUUCAACUCUAUCGGAUUUUUCGUGUCCCUUCACACUAUAAAUUUCCUGACCAUAGGAUUUCUUUUGCAAUUGGAACUACAGAUCUCACUUGUUGCCUUGAUAGCAACCUAUGAUACUGUGAUGUCUGCCAUAACGCCUAACCGGGGAAUUUCUCUCUUAUUUGCUAUCUUUUCCAUAGUGUUUCCAGUAUUCUUGCCUCACAUUACAAAGUUGUUGAGAAACCAUUGCAAGAAACCUAAAUUUAUUAUCAAGAUUUGUGAACUGUUUAGAUAGUUGAA